UGGUUCUAGUGUGCAGUCUUAGGGCAGUAGUCUGCGCUGUAAUGGCAGUGGGCUGCGUUCUAGCGACUGUAGUCGGUAGUCUUGUGGCUAAAGUCGGUAGUCUUGUGGUUCUAGUGUGCAGUCUUAGGGCAGUAGUCUGCGCUGUAAUGGCAGUGGGCUGCGUUCUAGUGACUGUAGUCGGUAGUCUUGUGGCUAAAGUCGGUAGUCUUGUGGUUCUAGUGUGCAGUCUUAGGGCAGUAGUCUGCGCUGUAAUGGCAGUGGGCUGCGUUCUAGUGACUGUAGUCGGUAGUCUUGUGGUUCUAGUGUGCAGUCUUAGGGCUGUAGUUUGCGCUGUAGUGGCUGUGGGCUGCGUUCUAGUGACUGUAGUCGGUAGUCUUGUGGAUGUAUAUGUAUGAUGAUGAUAGACCUUGUAAAUAGUUUUCAACAUAUUUUCUACCCACAUGUACGUGUUAUAUCAGGUUCCGUGCUGGCUUGAAGGUCCUUGAUGAUGCAGAGCGUGAUCACCUCUGCCUUCGAGACGAUCACGACUCUGGAGGAUGGAGUGGAGCUGCUUGAUAUCUUCAUUCAUCUCUCCGGUAGAGAGGCGAUCAAGUGUACGAUUGACAAGAAGACAGUGGGCGUAUAUUCGAUGUUCAACGAGGAACGGAACACAGUAAAGGAGCUCACACAGAAAUCCAUACCACAGUCCCCCUCUCACGUGAAGUUUGCGGGACAGGCACUUUGGGCGCGUCAGCUGAAGCACCGCAUUGAGCGGAGCAUGAUGAUCCAGGAGACGAUCCUGAACAUCCAGUUUGUGCUGCUAGAUUGCUCUCACCGGCAAAACUCAAUCCUCCCGCACUGCACGGAGUAGCACAACAAGUUUACGACGCUGCUCAGCGAGAUCGCCACCAGCAACAAGGAGCUACACUGCAAAUUACCGAAGCAUAAGGAAAAUUAACAGUUCUGGCGCACUGGAAACCUGAACUACAAAUAAUGGAUACGUUGAAACAGUGCAUUACAUGAUUAACAUUGUCUAUACUACGUGGAAUUAACAUUAAAAACAUGCGUAAGACA